AUGUACCACGGCUUCUGCUGCAAAGUCGGCGCAGCGGCCCACGAUGCGGGAGAGAAGCGCUUGACGCUGGCGGAAACUUCAAAUGCGGAAUUUAUUGUAGUUGAUGCCAUGGGCCUGCCCAAUACGCCUCUUCAUCACGUUGGCGAAGCGGGGAACGCGUCUCGAACCCGCAUCUGCAAGCUCGGUGAGACAGUCUAA